AUGCGGUUGAAAAUCUUCAUCACUCUCUUCCUGCUCGUCGUCGGCUCGGUGAAGGUGGAUGCUGGGAGCGAGCGUUUCCAGCCGGACUGGUACAAGAAGCUCAUCGCCUCACUUUUUAUUAAGCAACGAGAAGCAAAAGCUAUUCCACAAGUACCGCGGUACUGCUUCAGAUGCACUUCUGGAACGUUUGAUGAUCACCGCGUUCUGAUGACUGGACCAAUUCAAUACAAACUGACGACGUGGCGCGAGGACUGGGUUGAGACUGAUUGCCUUCAAGCAAAAGGUACUUUUCAGUAUUGUGAAGGGAGAUGCGUCUUCGUUACCGUAUCCAGACAUCUUCAAGACCAACAAACUUACCAAGCUGAAGGUGUUCUCUCGGAUUGUGCUGAUGAUUUAUUCCGCUGGGGAACCGAUCUGCCAUUCUUCAUGGGAGAUAAGACGAGUGACAACGAAACUCUGAAGACGUACACUGAUAGAUACGAAAUCACCUUCGAUUUCACGCUCUACACUACAAACUACACGGAAAUCUACAAGCGCCACGUGGGACAGGUCCUGCGAAGACACGUCUACGAAACCUACAAAACAUCUACCGUAGUCAUUUAUAUCGUGGUUCUCGUGGUCAUUCCAUUCUUGAUUGGCUUCAUGCUUUGUUGGUAUUGCUUACUCUCGAUUGACGAUAGACUUCGACGUCUAAAUCGCAGAAGAGAAUAUAUUGGUCGUAUUCUGAGCUAUGUCCCAGAAACUGAUGUAAUUGUGGAACUUGCGAACCACAAUGCUGGAGGAUUGACUACCGACAUGAUGCUUACUCGUAUCGACGAAGUAGACACCCAGGAUUCUCACGAGCACGACACUCAGGAGUCUCACGAGUACGUGAAUUUCACCCGGAAGACGGAGCCUGAUGUCUUCGAGGAGAAGACAGCAGAUGAAGCUGUCGACGUUGAAGAAAUCGAGUCAAAGGCUGGUGAGGAGCUCGUUGCUAACGAUGUCGUCCAAGAGUUGGUCCAGAAAGUCUCUGAAUCCGAGAGCGAUGUGGAUGAAACCUUUUUGCUUGAUGAAGAAACUGCCAAUGCCUACUUUGCUGGGGACGUUGAUUCCGACGCGGAGCAUUACCAUCGAGAGAAACUCUACACAACCGAAGAAAUCGACAUCGAUGACCAUGAAACUAAGCAAGCUAUGAAAUCUUCGAGGAGCCAUCAGAUGUCAAGACUAUCAAUGAUGCGGUCCAGGAGGUUGUCUACAAGAUCCAAGAAGAAGAGGAGAAGCUCAAUGGAUAAGCUUGAGAAUCGCAUCGCUCUUCAAUUCUUAUUACUUUUCCCGAGAAAUCCCAAUUCUUCAUACAAAGUCUCCCCUAAUUGUCCCUGUUAA